ACUCUCUCCAUCCAUCUCAUCAUUCAUUUACACGGCGAUAAGUCCGGUGCAAGCUCGACAGCCACAUUCCCUCCUAGCAUAUUGUCAGUCCUGGCAUACUGCAACAGUCAGCUCUAGGAGGCAUUCCUUCCCAGAAGGGGCCACAACACCUAGGUAUGGAGCAGCACAUGCUCACCCAUAUACCCCUGGUGGAAGAGGCAACUGACGGUGGGCCGCGACGGGUAACUCUUGGAUUUCUACAUUUACCCUUUUCGGAACAUGGCCUCCAUUCGCGAGGCUGAGCCUUGCCCUUUUCGGAAGACGUCAAACACAGCCCAGUAAUAAGGAUCGUGAGGCUGAAAUGCAACGCAGUCUCUUCUUCUUCUCUCUUCCUUUUGCCUUAUGGAUUCAGAUUUAGCGACUUCCCACUUUCGCUCGGGAGGCAAUGGACCACAUUCCUUACCCAACGGAUCUCAACCUUGCCCCGGUCGUUGUUCCCUACAUUCAAACUUCCGUGUUCGACCCUGAAGAUUUCGAUGCUUUCGAGACGCGACUCCGAGGAGGCGACACCAGGCUCUCUGCCCGCGAACAUGCGGGAUUAGCUCAGGCUUGGUUGUACUUUGGCUUUCUCGAGGUCUUUGUCGGGGAGAAAAUUGACAAGCGAAGAUUCCUUCGGAGGCCCACGGCACCUGAGGCGGUCGGUGUGGAAUAUGUGCUGGACAGCUCCGCGUUACCAAGCCUGCUGGACGGCUGCGUACGUCGAUUUCGCAAGUCACGUCGGGAAGCUCGAGAAAAGCAUCUACAGCAUUGGAGCAGAACCCUCAGGACAGCCCAACAGCACAUCUCGCAAUUGCAGAACGCUUGCUACACUGGCGGCUUGGAGUGGGAUGAGACGUACGGCGCUGUCUUCCUGUCGAUCAGCAUCCUUGAGGUCACUCUGCGAGACUUCUACUUCCGGAUGGACUACACCUGGUCGGCCAAGGAGCGAAAUUGGGGCGCCUACCCGAGGGCUAUGAACAAGCGGAUGCCCGGCUUCAAACCCGUCCUCCAGCAUGGACACCACGAUCAGGCAACUCCGGGAGCUCGAUUGCUAAUCAAGUACGUCCGUCACAAUACCCUUACCUGUCCUUGUUUCGGCUCUUCAAAGCCGCCCUUGGAGGCCCUCACCAGGUGGAACACCUUUAAGCCAAGGCGGUUGCUGAUCGGAAAAUUUCGCAGACGGAUGAAAGAGGCGGCGUGGUGUCCGCAUCAGACCGGCCUAUUUCUGGACACCACCGAUUAUGUCGUCGGAUAUUAUCUUUCGUCCAUACCAAGGAAAGAAGAAGCGACGCACGAAAGAUGCACAGAGGAGCGAUGCAUCGCAUACAAUACCGACAACGCAACUUACGUCACGAAACAUUUCAAGAGUCGUUGCGAAUGCUGCACGGUCGAGGCAUCGGACCACGCUCUCAAUGGCAUCGUUGCUACUAAUGGAAUUCCUCUUAUUCGCAUCAAAAAGGAGCCCAGCGGUCAAUAUCUUUUGGGUGUUGUCGAGUGUAAGCCGGAUACAGAGUACACUGCCAUCUCGCACGUCUGGAUCGAUGGACUUGGAAAUCCGAAAGCAAACGGCCUGCCUAAUUGUCAGAUUGAGAAGCUGGCUGAGCAUCUACUCCAGCUGGAACGAUCGCAAGAAUCACUGGUAUUGCGGCUUUGGCGGGCCGUAUGGAGACGACGGUCGAAAACGCCCCUAGUAUGGAUGGAUACGCUUUGCAUUCCCGUCAAGCCCGAACAUAAACAUCUGCGAGAGAAGGCAAUCAACGGCAUGUCUCUGAUAUACGCUGGCGCAAAGCAAGUCCUGAUUCUGGACGACGAGCUUCGCCGAAUCGACUCCAGGAAUGAGCCCAUUCAACUUCUCCACGCCCGUAUGCUCGCUUCAAAGUGGAACUCGCGGAGCUGGACCUUACAGGAAGGCGCACUGGCCCAGAAGGUCUACUUUCAAUUUCGUGGUUCCGCUGUUCCCCUGGAAUUUCCGGAGCAACCUUAUCUAAGGUCCUUCCUUAGACUCUUCUGGCGAGCGCUCAAAAGCCCUAGAUGGUUCCUAACCUUCAUUCACGAGUACAGUACAAAUCUACGCAGAAAUUGGUCCUGGCCUUCAUUCUUCAAGAAUCCGGCACCUUCUGGCUACCAAACGAUGACGCAUUACGUCCAACGCUCCUUCCAUGUCCUAGCGUCAACGCACUUCGACCUCCAAAUCACAUCCGAGGUCAUCCGUCUCUCUGGCUGGAGCAUCCGAUUCUUCACAACACAGACAAGCUUUGGCUCUUUGCGUCACAAAUUGGAAAGGACGUGGAACAUGCUGGGUCAAAGGACGACCACCUAUGCUGAGGAUCUGCACGUCGUCAUCGCGAACCUUGCGGGCUUCAGCGUGUCGCAAAUCAUGGGGCUAGCGACCCCGGAUCAGCGGACAAAGACCAUCUUGCACCGUAUCGGCGCUUUCAACGUGGGACUCCUUUGUAACCGGUACUUGAGACCUCUUGCAGCGGAAGAUUCUGCGGAUAGGUGGAUUCCUAGCUUUCCGGCACCGGACCAGCUUGAGGGGAAUUUGACUUUAGUCGUGGAGGAGAGAGGGAUGACGUUCCACCCGGAUACAAAGCAGGGGGACGUUCGAGCCUUUUUGAUUCACAAUUCCGCCUCUAUGGAGUCCUUUUGGAUAAAGUCUAGUCGACCUUGUCAGGACUCGAACUGUUCCUGUCACAACAACGAGGACGGAACCGAAGACCCCAACGACCAGCCUCAACACAACCAGCCACAAGAUGGCCUAUUGGACAAUGCGGAGGACGCGCAUACGGGGCAAGGCCAAGAACCGCUCGAAGCGUGUUUGCAAGAACAACAUCGUUCAGACGCCAUUGAACCGGUCUCUCACGCCUCUGAAGGCUCGGGCUUCUCCACCAAUAGCAAGGGUGAACACUUCAUCCAUGAAUGGUAUCACAUUACAUGUCGGCUUCCAGAAAACGACAAGCUUGAGCGCUCUCGCUACCAGGACAACAAAGCCUGCAUCCUCCUUAUUCCGCCCCUCUUGAAUGGACCUAAGACAAGGCUACAGGGAGCAAGGCUCUUGGAGACGGGCCGUUCGGAGGCAGAUGCUAAGGUCCAUCUUCGAUACGAUUGCCCGCUGGAAUACAGUAUCCAUAGCUUGACCCCGUCUCAUGAUACCCUGGGCGGUGCACCGGUCCUAUUCAUCAUGCAGGAAGUGUCUCACAACGAUAUCCUUAUCGAAUGCCAAACAGAUCCCAACAUCCGCACCAAGUACUUCACGCGCGACGGCUCCUUCUUUAUGCGCUCGCCCUACGGCAUCAUGGGCAUCCUCGGCCUCCUUCUCUUCAUCAUCCUGAUGGGCGCCAUCGUGCUCUUCGUCUUCGCAGUCUUGCAGGGCACCUCCCUGCGCAAAUAUUCCGUCGCUGUGAGAUGGGCGGGCGACAUCGCGUGCUCGACUGUGAUCAUUAUCAUGACUGUCUUGUUGUAUAAGAUGGUGUUGAGGUGGACGCGGAUCCAGGCCUUCAGGGCGUGGAAGAAAACGCUGGAGGAUGAUUGGAGGCCGCAGUUUAUUGGCGGUGGUCAGGGCUGGUGGAGGAGGUUUUGGGCAUGGGUGGCGAAGGAUCGCAGGAAUGAGAAGUGGAAGAGGAAGAGUGUGGAGUAUGAGAUGGUGUCUGUGUUGUAAUGCGUGCAUUGCAUACUAGCGAAUGCCUGUCUCAUUUUCAAAAGGCUCGCUCGCUAACUUGACGACCUGGAAGAGUAGCUAGCUUUUCUAGAGUCGGAAUUUAGAG